GAGCUGGUGCAUGAUAUAGAUACAAAUAAUCAAUUGUUUGGACAGUUGGCGAUCAGGAAAAGUGCAGAGGCCACGGACAAGAUCCAGGCAGGGAGUAGUGAAUCGCCUCCUUUCGGUGCCCAGAAGCUUUCUGAUGUCAACUCACUAGAAGACCAAGCCAAAAAGCUUGAAGAACAUCCAGAUUUUAUGCCCGAUGCUCUAGAUCAAAUUUACAAGAAGGCAAUGGAAGAAUGUGCUCGUAAGAGAAUGGCUUUAGAAGUGAGUAUUGCAGAGAGGGAAAAGAGGCUGAAAGAACUCUUAGGCAUUGCCUCUCUUAACAUGGAAGAGUUCAAGAUGGAAGAAUACAUCCCUCCCUCAAUCAAAAUUCUUUUCCAAGGUGAUAAGGAAUAUCAUGUGUUUCUGAGUUUCAAGGGAGAAGAUGUCAGAAAGAAUCUGGUUGAUCAUCUACACGAAGCUCUCACUGCCGCCGGACUGCAUGUCUUUUUAGACACCCACAAAUUGGAAAAGGGAGAUAAGAUUUGGUCGAGCUUGGAAAGGGCAAUAAGGAGCAGUGCCAUACACAUUCCUAUAUUUUCUAGAGGCUAUGCAGACUCUGCAUGGUGUCUCAGGGAGGCCGCAACAAUGGUGAACACCCAAGGCUUGAUCAUUCCUCUGUUUUAUGAUGUAGAACCAACUCACGUUAGGUAUCCUGUGAAGGACUCCAGUCAGUACCAGCAAGCAUUUCUAAAACAUUAUGACCAUCCAGAUCGGUACCAAAGAGGAGAGAUUGAGAGAUGGAAGGUUGCCCUUCACCAGAUCUGUUCUCACUCAGGUUGGUCCAUGGAUAUAACUGGAGGUUUUGAAGCACAGCUAGUAAAGAGGGUGGUGAAUGACGUGAUUAAGACAUUGGACAGAGUGUCGUUAGAAGUUGCCAAGCACCCUGUGGGAAUGGAAAGGAUCGCUGAGGAUCUCAUCCAGAAAUUUAUACUCAAUUCAGAAGGAGGUUUGGUUAAAUCUGGAAUAUUGGGUAUUGGUGGUAUUAGUAAGACCACACUUGCUAAGGCCAUGUUCAACCAGGUUUACGCUCAUUUUGAUGCUGCUUCCUUUGUCUUUAAUGUCCGCACCACUGUUGCAGACUCCGUGUGCCUGACAAAGUUGCAGAAACAAAUCCUUAAAGAUUUAACCAAUUAUGAUGGAAAAGUGCAUAGUGUUGAGAAAGGCAUAUCUUUGUUCAGAGAUCGUUUGGGUGGAAAACGUGUGCUUCUGAUUUUAGAUGACAUGGAUGGUAGGGAGCAAUCAGAGGCUUUGGUUGGGGAUUGGUUGGCACCUGGUAGCAGAGUUGUUAUUACUUCUAGAGACAAGCACAUUCUCCAUGUUGCCGGGGUCUCACCUGAAUGCAUUCACGAAAUGAGUGGAUUGCAGACAAAUGAAGGUCUUCAGCUAUUUAGUCGGCACUCUUUUCUUCGAGCAUCUCCAAGUCCAACUUACGAAGCUUUCUCCAAAAGAAUAGUGGAGGCUUGUAAAGGGCAUCCUCUAUCACUGGAAGUCAUUGGAUCCUUGUUGUAUGAUAAGAAGAAUGAUCCAGAUUGCUGGACAGAAGCCUUCCACAACGUUGCACUCCACCCAAAGAUUUAUGAAAUACUCAAAAUCAGUUACAGUGGUCUUAGUGAAGAAGAAAAAGAAAUAUUUCUAGACAUCGCUUGCUUCUUCAUCGGAGAACACAAAAGGUAUCCUAUUGUUUUCUGGAAAUCUAUGUACAGGUCGGUAAAGACAGCCAUAUCUAAUCUUUCUCUGAAGUUACUUGUAAGGAUUGACGACAAAGGUGUGUUUCAUAUGCAUGACCAUUUGCGAGAUAUGGGGCGAAGCAUUGCUGAAAAAGAAAGAGAGGGUACCCGACUAUGGGAGGCAGUUCAUCUAAGCAGGGGAGAAUCCAAUAACAACAAUAUCUCUCGCCUUCGACUCAGUGGAGAUAAUUCACAAAGGCUUGAAACAUUGUACAGACCUGGUCUACGAUUUCUUCACUUGAAGAAUCUGCCCCUUGACGGAAUCACGCCAGCCAUGCUUCCUCCAAAUUUGAUGUGGUUACGGUUGCAAAAUUGUGAGAAGCCAUUUCAGUCCAGUCUUGUGCGUAACGUUUGGUUCUUUGCGAUACAGGGGGCAUUUCACUUCAGUCUUGUGGAUAACAUUUGGGAUCUGAGGAUAAUGCAAGUAGACGGUGAUAUUCCCAGUUUCCAAUAUUUACUUUUUAAUAUUCUUGGCAACUUGUUACAGUUACAGCAUUUAGAGUUGAGAAACUGCAGAAAUUUAAAUAAGGUCCCUUGUACCAUCGGCAACCUGUCACAGCUGCAGCGUUUGGAUUUAUCAUGGUGUACAGAAUUAAAUAAGCUCCCUCAUACCAUUGGCAACCUGUCACAGCUGCAGCAUUUAGAUUUAGGAGGACUUAAAUUAAAUAAGCUCCCUCAGACUAUUGGCAAACUCUCACAGUUGCAGUAUUUAGACUUGAGUUGGUGUCAAAAAUUAAGUGAUCUUCCUCAUAGUAUUGGCAACCUAUCACAACUGCAGUAUUUAGAUUUGAGUGCCUGUGAAUGUUUAAAUAGCCUCCCUGACACCAUUGGCAGUUUAUCACAGUUGCAGUAUUUAAAUUUAAAUUGCUGUAAGAAAUUAAAUAACCUCCCUCGUACCAUUGGCAAUCUGUCAAAGCUGCAAUGUUUAGAUUUAGGGUGUACCAAAUUAAAUAAGCUCCCUAAUACCAUUGGUAACCUGUUACAUCUGCAGCAUUUAUAUUUAAGAUGGUGUACAAAACUAAAUAAGCUCCCUUGUACCAUUGACAAACUUUCUCAGCUGCGGUGUUUAGAGCUGAAAGGAUGUCAAAACUUAAAUGAUCUCCCUUAUACUAUUGGCAACGAGCUGGUGCAUGAUAUAGAUACAAAUAAUCAAUUGUUUGGACAGUUGGCGAUCAGGAAAAGUGCAGAGGCCACGGACAAGAUCCAGGCAGGGAGUAGUGAAUCGCCUCCUUUCGGUGCCCAGAAGCUUUCUGAUGUCAACUCACUAGAAGACCAAGCCAAAAAGCUUGAAGAACCUCCAGAUUUUAUGCCCGAUGCUCUAGAUCAAAUUUACAAGAAGGCAAUGGAAGAAUGUGCUCGUAAGAGAAUGGCUUUAGAAGUGAGUAUUGCAGAGAGGGAAAAGAGGCUGAAAGAACUCUUAGGCA